AUGGACAAAUUCAUGAGAGUAUAUGACUAUGAAUGUGCUAUGGACAACGGAGUUCCCAAAACCUUAGAAGGUCAAACGUUGUCAAUAAAUGACGUGGCAUUAUGCUUCUUCGGAUUGCCGGUGAAAUUUUCACAUGGGAGUAUAUGGCCAUCAAGAAAGACAAAACGAGGCAGUGAUGAUUGCCAUCAUACGCCUUCAUUAGCCCAACAUCUCUAUGUACUUAAAUCCUGGCCCUUCAUUUUCUUUCCCCAUCAAGAAAAAUCUCUCUCCCUCUCUGAGCCAUUUUCAUGUGAUAUAAACCCUUUUCUUCUCACCCAUAUUCACACUCAACAACGCAUAAGAGAAAGAAGAAAAACCCUAUUUGCUGCUUGGGAGAGGGAAGGUGAAAGAAAGCUCCACUCGAAGCAAAUUACUUUAGCGAAUAAAUGGAUCCAAGCAGCUCGAAAAUUGACCCAUCAGAGUAUACGAUGUUUAUUUGUGCAUGUAGAAUUCAAGCCUGCAGGUUCAGAACUCGAGGUCUUGCAGAAAGAGGUUGAGGCAAAAACGAAGAAAAUUAAAGAGAUGAAGAAGGAGAUUGAAGGAAUAAAAAUGUGGUUGGAGGAGAAGAAAGCUUCUAGGGAAGAGAUGGAAAGUUUAAAGAGAUUAUGUGAAGAAUACAACAGCUUGAGAAAGGAAUACUAUGAAACAUUGGGCAAACAGACAAGGGAAUCCUAGGAAAUGUGUAAUUAAUGACCAUAUACUAUAAUUAUUAAUGUCUAUUUGCAUGCUGUUUAA